CACCAAUAAUUCAGCCUUGAAUGAUUUGCCUCUUGGCUCCUACAAAUGAUAGAAGGGGCAGACAAAUUUGAGAAAAUAUCGGUGGGAUUGAUUUGAAAGCCAUGAUUUCAGCUCCAUUUGCACGAGACAAGACCUUUUUUAUCCUUUUCUUAUUCAGUAUUUUGUCACAUGGCCACCUACUGGGCCUCUCGAUGGGCCGGGCCUAAAAAAAGAUGAUCCGGCCCAUGACAACAUUAAGCCCAAACAGGAGCGUCUCGUUGUCAACAUUCAUUUUAGUGCCUGUCCAGCUCAUCACGAGACAACCUACGCCCACGCCGGUAAUUGGAGCUGACCGCGAAAUCUAUCUGACCAAUAUAAAACAGCAGCAGAUCCCAAUCCGUUCAUGGCAUUCACCGCGGUUAAUGAUUUCCACCCAAUCGACGGAGCACACGUGUCGCUCCGUUGCCCAAUUGGCUGCUUUGCUUCUCUUCCCGGCCAAACCCCAUCUCGAAAGUCAAAAAUCAAAACCCCAUCUCAGAGAAAUCAUUCCGUUUCCUUCCCUUCUUCCUCCAUUGUUGAGCUCCUGCCGCUGCUGCGCUCACUGAUUCCUCAGCAGAUCACUCCAUUGAGAAGUCUCCCGUAGCAGAAGGCUUAACAAUUUGUUUGAGGGGAAGGGAAUUCUAGGAUGGGAAAUGCCCUGCGAUUUCUCUACCACAAUUGCUGCAAACCGACAGCAGCAGGGGACUAUGAAUAUCCUCAUGCCGCCUCUGCACCUGCUGCGGGGGUUUCAGCCCUUGCCCACGAUUUGUUCCACUUCGAGAACACCUCCCAGGUUCCACAAAGAUUGGCUAAGCAUGUCGUCUCAUCGAAGAAAGCUCAAGCGAAUUGGUACAGAAAGCUAAUAGAAGCAUGGAGAGAAGCAAACCCGCCACCGAGGACACCUGAAGAAGCUGCAAGGCUUGUGAUCCAGACCCUGAAGAAACACCAAAAGGCAGAUGUUGAGGUAGUACACACAUACAACAAUAAUGAAGGUUUGUUGGCUUUCUAUGGCCUGCCACUUCCUCACACUCUCGUUGAAGUCCCCCAUGGACAUGGUGUCCCGGCAUCCUUGCCGGAAGGGGUGAAGUUUGAGCUGCACACACUACCAGUGGAUGGAAAGGCAGUACCAGAUGGAGACACCAUAACAGUCUAUGUAAGCACUACCAAUCCCAGGGAAUCAUCCUGCGUCCCAGGAGAUGUUAAAAUGGCAGCAGAUCAGAGAGCGAAAGCACGAGCAGUGAGGAACUAUGAUAAGGCUGAUGCACUGCACCAGAAGAUUAUUGAUUCUGGAUAUAGGGUUCUAAACAUUCAGAAUGAGGAGGUUCUUGCAAGAAAGUACCGAAUCCGACUAAGGGGAAUAGAUGCACCGGAGAGUUCAAUGCCAUACGGGAAAGAGGCGAAAGAGGAGCUGGUUAAGCAUGUUCAAGGCAAGUGUUUGAAAGUCCAUGUUUAUGAUGAAGAUCGAUAUGGUCGGUCUGUUGGAGACGUAUACUGCAACGGUUUGUUCAUGCAGGAAAUCAUGCUCAAGAAAGGUUUAGCAUGGCACUAUACUGCCUAUGACAAACGCUCCGAACUAGCAUCUUGGGAAAAGCAGGCUCGAGCGAAACGUGUUGGGUUAUGGGCUUCAAAGAAUCCUCAAGAGCCAUGGGAAUGGAGGAAAAACAAACGUGAAGGAAGAUGAAAGUGACUUCUUUCUGCAUUCAAACCAGACUGACUACCCAUGAAUCAAAAGGAUUACCAAAGAUCAAAGGCACUCGUCUGUAGCAGUUCCGGUUUUAUGUAUCUAUGUAUGAACCACCAUUUGUAAUGUUGAUUGUAUCUAGCUCAUUGUAAGCUAACAACUGAUUCUAUCCGCUAGGUAAAUGUAGCAGUUGCAGCAUGGAUCAGCACACAUUCAUGUUAAUAAAGAUAACAAGUUAUCCAAGAACCAAAAGUAUCCCACUUAGAAGCGCACAAUAUGACAAUGAGAAAUGCCCAAAAUCUGAUUAAGCUCACCUAUCCUGCUCAUGCUUUCAGAUAAUAAUGGUCAAUGUGCAGCUUCUUAUGAAUCGGAGUCACUUGCAUUGUAACCAGGGUGCUUAUCUCCCACUUUCUUAGCAGAAGAUCGAGUCUUUGAAGCCCUAUCAAUCCAAGCUCUCCCCUUCACCACAUCUUUGGGGACACCAUAGCCAGCGCAAUACAUCUGACCCACGAGCACUUGCAUCCCUAUGUCGCCGGCGUUGGCAUCCCUCAGCGUAUCCUCGAACCACCGCCUGACGCAAUCGGAGACCACCUCCGAUAGAGGAUGCCUCCGCCCUCCUCCGCCCUCUCCGGCGGCGGCGGGGUCCAUGUUUUUCUGCUUGUUUUUCAGUUUGGCCGGGUCGUGGUUCGCCCGACGGGUUCUUCUUGCCGCCACCGCCGGUUGAACAGAUUAUUCUUGUUGACCUAGUGCUGGUG